GAGUGGCUUCUGUUGCCAAGAACAACGGUAUCAACACAUUGCAUGGUCACAACACAGACCCACCCACACAGGCACGCUCUCCCACACACACUCUCAGUGGCGCGACGGGGCAGGCAGCUCGCAAUCUCACUCUGCCAGCCAGGGACACAAUCACCCGAUUCCCCAUCGCCAGCGGGCAGAUCCAGACAGAUGGGAGUGUGCCCCUCCGGCACGGGCACCACCAGUAGCAGCAGCAGCCCCCUCCUCCUCCUCCUCCUCCUCCUCCUCAAGAGUGUGUGUGAGAGAGAGCGCUCCCCUCCAGGCCAGAGCACUGAUCCCACAGCGCUGCCUUCCGGAGCGGGGUUGAGGACCCAGAGCCGUGCAGGAAAGGAAGGGACAGGAGCUCGGACGCAGCUGAACGGAUUACAGAUCAUCCUGCACUCCGCCGUCUCUCUCUCUCUCCCUCUCUCCACAGCUCAGCACGCGGCGCCCGGGGACAGAAAGAGAGGGUUCAGCACAUCAGUGCCACAGCAAUCACAUCUCUCCUUCGCCACUCUUUUUGCUUCAGUCUAAUUUGUGGCUAUUUGCUGUUCUUUUUUUUUUUCUUUGUUGUUCUUUUUUCUUUUUUUCCCCUCUCUCUCUCCCUCCUCUCUUUUUUGACGCUAGUGUCUGGAAGAGGAGCAGGACUUGGCAGGACUGUCUGUGCCUGCCUGCUUUUUAAAAAAUAAAUAAAUGGCCCCAGAGGUGGGUACACGAGAAGUGCUUUAGGCAGAGAGAGAGAGAGAGAGAGAGAAAGAGAGAGACAGAGAGAGAAGCGUGCAGACUGCCAAAAGUCAUGGGGAAGUCCAACAGCAAACUGAAGCCUGAGGUGGUGGAGGAGCUGACCAGGAAAACCUAUUUCACGGAAAAGGAAGUGCAGCAGUGGUAUAAAGGCUUCAUUAAGGAUUGUCCCAGUGGGCAGCUGGACUCUGCAGGUUUUCAGAAGAUCUACAAGCAGUUCUUUCCCUUCGGAGACCCCACCAAGUUUGCCAGCUUCGUCUUUAACGUGUUUGAUGAGAAUAAGGAUGGGCGCAUCGAGUUCUCAGAAUUCAUCCAGGCCUUGUCAGUCACCUCCAGAGGGACACUGGAUGAGAAGCUCAGAUGGGCUUUUAAACUUUACGAUCUCGACAACGAUGGCUACAUCACUCGAGACGAGAUGCUGAACAUCGUGGAUGCCAUUUACCAGAUGGUGGGAAACACAGUGGAGUUACCCGAGGAAGAGAACACUCCCGAGAAGAGAGUGGAUCGCAUCUUUGCCAUGAUGGAUAAGAAUGCCGACGGGAUGCUGACGCUGCAUGAGUUCCAGGAGGGUUCCAAGGCCGACCCGUCCAUCGUCCAGGCCCUGUCCCUCUACGACGGCCUGGUUUAGAGGUGCCUGCGGGUGGCUGCUGUGUCUUUGUGUCCUCUGAGGCACAGACUAUCUUUCCCUGUACCUGGUGGGACAUGGAGUUCUUGUGCUGCAUUGUGAAUGCAGUAGCUAGAUCAGACGUCUGGCUUCAAUAAUCUCAUUUUCACGGUUGAAAAAAACAUUCAAACAGACAGUGUUAGCAGCUAUGCUGUGCUGUGCUGCAUCUCUAUGUGACAUUGGCUUUUGGAUGAUAAACUAUUGACAAAAAAGAAGCAAAGUGAGGACACUUCAACGGGAGCCCUGACCUUGAGAGUUGACCUGCUUCGGAUGUGGAUGCAGAGGGACUACAGAAUUAUUUGUUGAUAUCAGGACUCCUCCUAAAGUCUUUUCAGUUCUAGUGUGAGUUUACCUUUGGUCAGUUGGUAAAGAAUACAGCCUCACACAGGUACAUGUAGUAUACACCACAUCAAACACUCACUUGAUCAACUGACAUGACCUGCAGAAGGUUUAGAUAAAACAAUAAACAAAUAGUUGAACUAAUACAUGUACUGGACUGUACAGCUUAACAUCAUUGUACUGUGGCUAUGCCAAAAUAGGGAGACUGGAUAAACAGACUUCAGUCUUCUUAGUGAACACAACCUUGUUUGCUCAUGAAUUUCACAUAAUUGUUGUGGCUUCUGAUGUUCCUCCUGAACUCUAUGAUGAAAAGCACUGAGCUUGAUUGGAAUUCCUCACUGCACAAUCAGAAACUGUGUUUGACGUGAAAAGUAUUAUUUUUCUAUUCGGAGCAGGCCUGUCAUUGUGAAAGAGAAAGCCUUUGUGUAUUAUACCCAAUGCACCAAACGUUUUUUUACUCUUAAUAGGGGUUCUUCAUCAUCACAUGCACAGCCCAUCUUACUGUCCAAAUGAGCCAGGUUCUAUGUACAGCACAUUUAGCCUUCCCACAGUUGCCAUCUUAAAAGUCCAUAGGAACUGUACAGUGACAAAGUGGUGGACUUACCCAUUCAUUUAUUGCCAUCAUGUAGUGAAGACUCGAGUGUUAUUCCCAUGCACUAAAUUAAACAUGAUGUAAAUACAGUAUCCACCAUGUAUUAAAGAAAUAUAAUACAUUAAA